UACGCGAGUUAGAAAUGGAAGCGAAAAAAGUCAAGUUGGGUACUCAAAAGAAUGCCGCUGCUGCUGCUCCACCCGUAAGUAUCCUGCAGGAUAUUCUCCUGCAGUCCUCUCAACAACUGAGGACUGCAACAAAUGGCGGAGAGUCCUCGACACAAACCCGACCCCCAACGCCCGAAACUAUAAUUUCGCUGGCAGACAGCGAUAUAGAAGACGAGUUUGGGAGGCUUUUCGAAAACAUUACGCCACCAAGUGUAGCAGCCGCCGUGGUGCCGCCUCAGCUCCCGCCACCUCAGCAGUUUGGUGGUAAGGAUCUGAGCAUCCUGCGUCGGGAGACGAACGAUUGCCAGGUCCCUCUUCAAGACAACCAUCAAGCUGCGCGGGUGCAAGAAGUGAGGCCGCACCAGCAGCAGCAGCCGGCACCACCACCACCUGCGCGACCACAGCAGCCCCAUCAGGCUCAGCCGCAUCAGCUGCUGCCACCACCACCACCCCCGCAGCAACAUCGGCGUCAGGCCGCAAACGCAGGGGAACGCCGGCAGCAGCAGCAGCAGUCUAGGCAACAGCAGCCUCCUCAAGUUAUGAUGCUUCCACCUACUAAUCUGAGGGAGCUUAAGGAUAACACUUUGCACUGGCUGCAGGAGCUGCAUGUCAGCUACCAGCAAAGCGAGACCAUGCUCUCAAAUAGGGCGGCCCAAUUACAGGCCGACCUAUUUGAGACCAAUAACAAUUUGGAAACAGUGCGCGCGAACUUGUCUAACACAGAACAAUUUAUCAGGUGCUUGGACCAGUUAAAUUUAUAAGUGUAGGUGUAAGUUAAUUUUUUUUGUAAUUUUAGUUUAUAUUUUUAAGUGUUUGUAGU